UGGAAAAUUUGAAAUUUGGCUUUGUGCUCGUCUGGUAAAGCUGUUGCUCAGGACAUUAUCAUUAUUUUUAAAUAACACAGUGUGUCUUUAUAGUCGCUGGAUUGUUAUCAAAGAACCAAAAGACUACACGUUCUGUGAAAAACAUGGAUUCGCUUGACAGUGAUGGUUGUGUUCUUCUUACUGAAGAAAAGUUUGACUUUGACCUUACAUUGUCCCCGGCAAGUGUAAACGAUGAAGAUGAGGAUGAAGUGUUUGUGGGUCCUGUUCGGCAUAAAGAGAAAUGUGUUUCAGUUGGAAUUGAAAAACAAUCUAAUGUGACUGAAAGCAAGUCUGAGACCAUCCCCACAGAAAGUUGGAGCCCUAUAAGUGGGGAUAGGUUUGUUGAAAUUUUUAAAGAAGCACACUUGCUGGCAAGGCAAUUUGAAAAAAGUGGGGAUGUUGUACAGCCUGAAAAGAGAACUGUUAAAAAUGAAGUUGUUGAAAAGUUUGUUGAGGACUCUAAAGCUAAACUUAAUAUUAUUCAUAAAUCAAAAGAGCAUGCCAUAAGCCCAAUUAAAAGGGAAACAUUUUGUGUUUGGGAUAGCCCUUUAAAACAGCUCCCCCCAGCCAUACAACAACGUCUCAUGUCCUCCAACACGACUGCAAGUCCUUCAAAAGCAAAUGCUAGUCCAUCCAGUCCUGCUAAAAUUUGUAAGACUCAAAAGCAGAAACAGAGCACAGGUAGUUCAGUAAAUGUGUGCAAGAAAGAAGCUACACUAUCUUACUUAAAGCGAAUUCCCUUAAGCAAAGCAGUGUCUUCAAAAGCAACUGAACAAGCUGGAAAAAGCAGACAUGUGACAGCAGAAAAGCCAAAAACCGGAAUUAAAUCUAGUCCUUCAAGAAGGCAGCAUAACAGUAGUGCAUGCUCAUCAGAGGAUUUGCAAUCUGAUAACGUAAGCAUUGCUUCAGAUAUAAGAGAGUCGUCCCUAAACGGUAACAUCCUGGGAAAAAGAACUGUUCCAGUUUCCAAAAAGAUUGGUCUUCGAAAGUCAACAGUUGGAACAAAACCUGCUGUUGGGGGAGCUACUAGAAGAAACACAUCCUCAUCCUCCUCCUCUUUAUCAAGUAUGAAUUCAAGCAUGAACUCCAGUAUUUCUGUGUCCCCAACUGGAAAAGGUAAAACAAACACAUUGGUAAAUAAUUCCUUGAGCAAAACAAAGAUGCAGGCAUCUUCUAGUGGGAAAAGACUCGUACCACCUGUAGCUGGUGGACGUUUACAGACAUCUCAAGUAAAACCAGUUCCAGUUGUUGCGUCUAAGCUAGUCAAAUCUGCAAGUGCUAGCAGUAAACUCCCUAGUCCUGCCAGACGAGUGGGAUCUGCAGCAACACUUCAACCACACACUCCAGACAGCAAGGAUCCACCAAGUUCAGUGCUAAAUGUGCAGAGUUCAGCUCAACAAAAUAAAACUACAAGUGACAUAAAGGGAAAUGUACCAGCAUUCCCAAAACCCAAGGCUUUCAUUGCACCUACACCAACUGGUCACCUGAAAGGUCCAAGGUACUCUGGGGUACGUUCACCUGAGGCACCGCGGAUUAUGCAACCUAAGAGGCUAAUGUCAUGCAGUAAUACUGGAAGUAGCACUCGGGCAAGUACCACUACUGAUCUUUCUGCUCAAGUUGCACGAUAUACUCCCAUCCUCGGAGCUCGAUCUGUCUCUGUGACAUCCAGUGUAUGCCGUUCCUCUGCCUUGCCUACACCAGUGAGCAGACGUUUCUCUGGAAUUCCAGUAAUGACACCCAGAACUCUACCAAGGACACUGGUGUCUUCAUGUCGAACAUCUGAGAGUGCCAAAGUCCUUUUAUCUGACAGAGAUUUUUCAGCAAGUCCCCUACAGAUAAAUGAAGUAAAGCCACAAGACAGAUGCCAGUAUGAGUCUUUACCCAGAGAACAGUCUCCUCCACUACAGAUGGUCCCAUGUGCUCUAGAUUUUUCACCAGAGAAGCCAAAGGCAGAACUACACCAAGACCCUUUAAAAGACCAGCCAGUUGUAAGCCCUGCAAAACCUUGUGAUGGUUUAACAGAAACGCAACUUGUGAGUUCUGCUGAGAAAGAGACUUUGCUUGUGGACAUUGAAGUGGAUGCUCAACCCUGUGUUCCAAAGAUGGAAGAUAGACCUCUUAUUGAUCUCUCAAACACUCCAGACUUGAUUAACAAAUCACUGCCACUCAAGCCUACUGUGGAUGGACAGUUGAUUGACCUGAGUUCCCCGCUUAUAAAGUUUUGUCCGGUGGCCAGAAAGGAGAAUGAAGUGGAGUCACCUUUAAUUAAGUUUAAAUUUUAAAUGCUUUGUCAUUACAAGCUGGUCAACAUUACAAAAAGUGUAACAUGUAUUUGCUGGUACUAUGGAUUUGUAAAAAAAAAUUAGUCAAGAUGUCAUUUUCUAAAAUUAGGAGUAUUUAAGGAAAAAAGGUGGAGAGUUAACCUUUGGAAUUGAACCAUAAUAAAAAUAAAUACAGGUUGUGGGUUUACUUGUGCUUAUGUGCUAACUUAAUUUUAUUAAAUUAAUCAUUUACUUGCAAAUAACAGGGCUUCUUUGAAUCAAAUAACUUGUAUACAAGUUUGGGACCAACGCAGUUUACAAUUAACCUGUAUGUUUCAAAUUCUUGUAUAUUUUAUUCAUCUUGUAUGUAAUAAAAAAAAAUGCAAUAAAUAAGAAAUUAAUGCCAUGCUUUCAGGUUUAAAAUUA